AUGCCCACGCGCCCACCUCCCCACCCCACCCCUCGCUUCCCCGGGCUGGGCGGGGGACCUAUAGGUAAACUUGAUAAGCUGCUGCCACCACCUCCAAGCCGGCCUCCAGCUCGGGCCCUGCCGGAUCCCGAGGUACCCAGGUGUGCUGGCACCUGCGCCUGCGACCGAGGGGUCCCCGCGGCCCCAGAGCCGGAACCCGAGGAGCCGCUGGGUCUGGGCCAGCUGCCCACGGAGCUGCUCGAGAUGGUGCUGAGCCACGUGCCCCCUCACGUGCUGCUCGGGCGCUGCCGCCGGGUGUGCAGGCGCUGGCACGACCUGGUGGACUGCCAGGCCCUGUGGCUGAGCAUCCUGGCCUGGAAACACGCCGCCCUGUGGCCCAUCGUCAGCACCUGCCUGCCCCCCGCCGACGACCCCAGGCCCUGCGUCCUGGGCCGCUUCUGCGAGCGCAGACCCAUAGGACGCAACCUCCUCCGGAACCCCAGGGGCGAAGCUGGAUGGAACGAAGAGGCACUAACCGUCAACCAUGUGUUCUCCAACUUCAAGAAGGGUGUCCGCUUUGUGUCUUGUGAACACUGGGUCCAGGACAUGGAGUUCUUGUCUGAACAUUAUGGAGUCUAUCUGCCCAACUCCAGUGUGAUUGUGCGGGUCCGUCUGUCCUAG